AUGUCUAUUCAGAAACAAUUUUCUAAAUCAACAAAACCAAUUAAACUUGCAGCAUUUUUUGAUUUGCAGACUAAAAACAUGCAAAUUUUUAUAGAAAAUAAAAGACAUAAUACUAUUUUAGAAGCAUGUAUAAAGUAUCUUGAAUUAGCUACUAAUUAUUAUGAAUUAAAUAAUUUAUUAGAUGCAGUGUCUAGUAACAUAAAUAGUGAAAAUAUUUUUUCUAGUUCUGUGGCUCAAAAACAUUCAAGCCAAAAUAACAAUAAUAUUGCUAACCAUGAAUUUAACUCCUAUUUAUUAUUACCAAGAGUUCCAGAUAAAACAAACAUACUUCAUUAG